CCCCGCGCUGCCGCCGCGGCCGCCGCGGCCGCCGCCGCGCCGCGGCUUGAGGGCGGGAGGCUGGGGGAGGGUAGCGGAGCCGGCACCGCCGCCAUGUUGGGUCUGAAGCGGCUGCUGUAGGCGCCGACGGAGCGAGCAGGCGUGCGGAGCGGGCGACAGCGGCGUGGGAUCUGCCUCUCUGCGAGCGGCCCGGGGCGGCGGCGGCGGCGCCAUGAGCGGGGGCACCCCUUACAUCGGCAGCAAGAUCAGCCUCAUUUCCAAGGCGGAGAUCCGCUACGAGGGCAUCCUCUACACCAUCGACACCGAAAACUCCACCGUAGCCCUCGCCAAAGUUCGAUCCUUUGGUACAGAAGACAGACCAACAGAUCGUCCAAUACCACCUCGAGAUGAAGUCUUUGAAUACAUUAUAUUCCGUGGGAGUGACAUUAAAGACCUCACUGUUUGUGAGCCACCAAAACCACAAUGUUCUUUGCCUCAAGACCCAGCUAUCGUUCAGUCCUCACUAGGCUCAUCGACUUCUUCAUUCCAGUCCAUGGGUUCUUAUGGGCCUUUCGGCAGGAUGCCCACAUACAGUCAGUUCAGUCCAAGUUCCUUAGUUGGGCAGCAGUUUGGUGCUGUUGGUGUUGCUGGAAGCUCUUUGACAUCCUUUGGAACAGAAACAUCAAACAGUGGUACCUUACCCCAAAGUAGUGCGGUUGGUUCUGCCUUUACACAGGAUACAAGAUCCCUAAAAACACAGUUAUCUCAAGGUCGUUCAAGCCCUCAGUUAGACCCUUUGAGAAAAAGCCCAACCAUGGAACAAGCAGUGCAGACCGCCUCGGCCCACUUACCUGCUCCAGCACCUGUAGGGAGAAGGAGCCCUGUAUCAACCAGGCCUUUGCCAUCUACCAGCCAAAAAGCAAUAGAGAAUCAGGAGCACAGGAGAGCUGAAGUACACAAAGUUUCAAGGCCAGAAAAUGAACAACUCAGAAAUGAUAACAAGAGACAAGUAGCUCCAGGUGCUCCUUCAGCUCCAAGGAGAGGGCGUGGGGGUCAUCGGGGUGGCAGGGGAAGAUUUGGUAUUCGGCGAGAUGGGCCAAUGAAAUUUGAGAAAGACUUUGACUUUGAAAGUGCAAAUGCGCAAUUCAACAAGGAAGAGAUUGACAGAGAGUUUCAUAAUAAGCUUAAAUUAAAAGAAGAUAAACUUGAGAAACAGGAGAAGCCUGUAAAUGGUGAAGAUAAAGGAGACUCAGGAGUUGAUACUCAAAACAGUGAAGGAAAUGCUGAUGAAGAAGAUCCACUUGGACCUAAUUGCUAUUAUGACAAAACUAAAUCCUUUUUUGAUAAUAUUUCUUGUGAUGACAAUAGGGAACGGAGACCAACCUGGGCUGAAGAAAGAAGAUUAAAUGCUGAAACAUUUGGAAUCCCACUUCGUCCAAACCGUGGUCGUGGGGGAUACAGAGGCAGAGGAGGUCUUGGUUUCCGUGGUGGCAGAGGGCGUGGUGGUGGCAGAGGUGGUACCUUCACUGCCCCUCGAGGAUUUCGUGGUGGAUUCAGAGGAGGUGGUGGGGGUCGGGAGUUUGCAGAUUUUGAAUAUAGGAAAGACAACAAAGUUGCUGCAUAGUCUACAAACAAGUCUCUGAAAAUAGGUGAAUUUCUAGCUCUUCAUGGUCCUGAAAAUUGAUUUCAGUCUUUGCGAAGAAUGAAGAAGUGAAUUCGCUGUACAUUUGUCACCAGCACUGGGUUUUAGUUUUUUGUUUGUUUUUCCGCUUAAUUUCAAAGAUAAAAUGCAGUUACUUUUGGGGGUGGAAGGCUCAUCUUACAACAUGAGCAUUAAAUAUACUUGGAAUAGCCGAAGCUUAAGUAAUUUCUUAUGUAUAGUUAAACUAAAGCAGUACUUCAGUGGGACUUACAAGUAUUUUUUCAUCACUGAAAGGUUUUUUUAAUCACUAAAUUGUAUUUGGCAGUUGCAAGUUGCCUGCAGAUAGGGCCGUGAUACUGUGUUUUGAGCCACAGAAGGUUGUGUGUGUAUGUGCGCGUGUGUGUAUGUGUGCGUGUGUGUGUCUUUUUCCUCCUUUCUUUUGGGGAAUCCUGUAAUAUGAGGUAGCUUAUUUCGUCAGUUAAUUAGGGUGCUGGAUGGUAGAGAAUUUUGUCAGUCAACUAUGUACACACAGUAAAUACUGUUUCUUAGGCAAAGGUAACUUUUUUAUAUAGUUGUAAAAUUCCAUUAUAUUCCAUUGCCAAAGAAACAUUAAGAACUUUGUAUAGCUGUAUAAAAAGCAACUAAUUUUUUAAAGAAUAAACAUUUUAAAGUCAGCAAACAUACUGUGUCCUUGCAGAAGUUGAUGCGCUGAGCAGCAGCAUUAUGGGUGGGUCUUUUUUUCUUAGUUUUCCAGGCUUAACGUUUUUUGAUUUUGUUUUUUUAAUGUUUGAACAUAAAUGAAGAUUUGAUACGUUCUUUCAUUAUCUAAAAAAAAAUGAUAAAUUAUUCAUGCUCAUUGUAAGAACUUCAUUUUGUAGCAAAUGGCAUAUCACAGGAUCUGUCCAGAUAAUAUUUUCAGUAUACAAAUGUAAAUAAUCAUAAGAUGAGAAUGUACUUAGCUGUAUUUUCAAAUAAGUAAACCUCCCCCCUUUUUUAGGACUUUAAAACUAGGCAUCAAUGAACCUGUUUUUCCUAUAAUGCCUGGAAUUUAGUCAUGAUACCUUGACUCAUUCCAUCAUAUUUCAAGAGGAUUCAGAAUGUGAGGAAUUAUCUUGGCAGCCUGUAACACAUGGCACUACCGGUCCUUGGGCCUGUGACCCGCAGAUGACUCAGUAUAGAGUUCAUUGUUAAUUAUAAACUACUAGUGAAUCUUUUUGAUAUUUUAAGCACUCGUGGGAAAAAUCUGGCCACUUUUGUGUUUUGAUGAAGGCCAUGGAAUAAAAGGAUCCAAAGAUUUAAAUAUUUUUAUCUAUUUUGAUUUUUUUUGUUAACUUUCUCCUUAAAACAUUCAGUAGUGAUAAAGAUGUGGAAACUGCACUGUUGGAGAAUUGGAAUAUUUAAAGCUGGUUGAUAUUUUUUAUUUUAAUUUUAUAUCUUUUAUAUAGCUCUACAAGGCAAUGUUUUGUAAUUUGGUUUCAUUAUUAAGAUUCGGUACGGGGCAGCCAUAGUUUAGAUAGUAUCGUUUAGUGCUGUUUGCUUGCAUGUUAACAACAAAACCUUUUAGAGCACCCACAAAUCAUGACAUUGAACACAUUUCUGAGGCAUUCAGAGCAUCAAAGCAAGUGCUAUGACAACACCUGUGUAGACUGUUUGAGAUGUCCCCGGCGAAUUUCAAGAAAGAAAACUGUAAAUACUAGUUCCACUUGCUCUGAAAGUAUGAGUUCAUGCGUUUUCCCAGCCCUCUGAGUCACUGACUGGGGCAUUUUGUGCCCCAACAAUAACUGGCAGCAUGGCAUACCUGAGUACACUUUACAAUAUUAAAGCAAGGUUUUUAUUCUAAAACAGAAUAAAACUGUUCAAUAAAAA